CGCGGAGCUCAGUGACGAAACGUUGUGCAACGUAGUGACAUCUGGGAGUCCACGCUUGGAACACGCGCCUUCAGAACAGUUUGAACCGGUGUGCUGUGGAGUUCUAGUAACGGUCGUGAGUGCAAGUGCAAUCGUGUGGUCAACAGUUCGCCGGAGAUCAAGCUACAAACCAGCCAUCAUGACCUGCGAAGACGUCAACAAUGCUCCAGCCGCCGGCGGAAGCGAGAGAAAAAAUAGAAUCGUACAGAAAUUUUACUUAGUUGCCAAUUGGACAAAAUGUGUCUUCUCACUUAACAACGAUGGGGGAUAGAGAUCAGCCCAGAAAUCAAGCCAGGGUAAGCCGCUAAUAAGAUGUUUAAUUAGCAUUAAUUACAGUGUGUGUAAUGUUCACCAAUUAAGAACACUGUUGUUUUGAACAGGUAGCCUGCGGGUUGACAUACCAUUAGUUAUAUGGUGUUAACUUUUGGUACAGCUUUGUAGCUUAGAAUUGCAUACCAGUACUUUUACUUAUGAGAUUUGUAGUGAAAAAUGUUUUGUUAUAUUAAGAGUAUUCAGUUAUUGCACUAUGUGGGGGGGGCUUAAAUCUCGGUAAAAUAUUAAGAGUUAAAUAUUAAAAAUUGCAGUAAGCUGCAUAAGCUAAUAAUACCCGUUAACUGGUACUGACUAACCGCAACAGCAAUUUGUACAUGUACACUGUAGCUAAUUUAUUUAUAACAUAAAAUUUUGUUUGAAAUGUUUUGAAUUUGAUCAUCGCUCACUUUGUUUUGUUCAUGUGGGAAAAAGUGGUUAUAGCUGUAUCUUAAACAAAUAGAAAGUAUCAAUUAUAGUACAGCCAAGCUACAUUUAAACUAAUUAUUCGUAGGCUACUUGCAAUUUAAGAUAUCAGCUGUUAAUUGCCACACACAAUUAUACAAUAAUUCUGAAAUAAUGGGGUAAUUAUGUGCUGAAGAAUUAGUUGUGGGAAGAUUUAAAACCAAUAUACCUAUUUGUUGAUAAAGCUAAGAAGGUAAUUUGUUUCUUUGAGUGCAAAAUUGCAAGAUACGUUACAGGUUACAGGUUUGUAUAUGGCAUGACACAAUUUAAAAACUGCAGUAUGAAUUAUUCACGCAUUUGUGCCAUUGGUAAUUUGAUUAAAUAUUACUUUCUUUUUUUGUCAAUGUCACUCCAAAGCAAAUUACAUACAAAUUUAAGCUUGGGUUCAGAUAUAUUUCUUAUAUAGAACUUUCUUCAGUUAACAAAUUAAAAUUUUCUGAUCAUUAAAUUGCAAGUGUAUUAACAUUGAAGUGGCUUUACGGAAGUAUUUGUGUUCAUGGUCUUUUUAUUUAACAACCUGAAAGAUGGCUUUCUUGUUUCUAUCCCACGUCUUAAUGUAACCUCGAUACAAUUUUAAAAAAUUCAGGUUAACACCGCCUUUUUUUUUUGACAUGGUAAGAAUGCUUUGAGUAUUGUUCUUUCCGUUAAUGUAAUAUUUUAAAACACGUGUCAUAAGAGUCUACAAUUGUAUGCAGGGCAAGCGAUUAUGUUUAUUGCUCCCUGCAUUGCAUACAGUGCUGACUGAUGGACUAAAACACUGCCCGUGUGUAUCUCAUGAAAGCUAGUAGGCAGUUACAUGCGGUUGCGAGCAGGGGCACAACAGGGGGGGACAAGGGUAUUUUGCCCCCCCCCCCCCCCCCUGAACCCUUGAAGUGGGGGCAAACGGGGGCAAAGAAAGUGCUGUGUAAUCAAUUUUUAGAUAAUAAAACUGCUUAAAUAGCACCAUUUUCCACCUUGAAAUACAAAUUUUUCCCGGAGGAAAUAGGGGGGGAUCGAUGAUUCUUUAUAAAAAGGUAUAUUGACCCCCCCCCCCCUUUGGAAAUUUAGUUGUUGCGCCCCUGGUUGUGAGAGGUUGGUUGAUGGGUUGCGGCAGUGCAUACAGGGCUGACUGGACCAGCGUAUCUCUCGUGAGAGCUAGUAGGCAGUGACAUGCAGUCGUGAGGGGUUUGCUGACGGGUCGCGGGCAUGCUCCCUGGUUGCAGGACCCUCGCGGACCCGCGCAAGACGCUGGUGCACAUCCUGAAGAAGGCGGCGGCGGAGAAGCGGCUGACGUGCGGCAUGCUGCCCGCCCUCAAGCUGCUGGAGCUGGACGCGGCGGGCGCGCUCUUCUGCGUGGUGCCGCAGUCGCGCAAGCACGACUCCGCCUUCCACAUCCAGCACGUGCUGCUGGAGGCCUUCUGCUACGAGCACGACAUCCAUAUGGUCAAGGUGGACAGCACAGACAAGCUGCGCAGCCUGAUCAGCUGGGUGGAGUCGCCGCGCAGCCCCAAGGAGCACGCUGACGUCAGCUGCGUGCUCGUCAGCAGGGGGACCUCGGCGCCGGACCAGUCCUCCUCGCUGUCCGAGGCGGAGAAGAGCCUGCAGGUCUACUGUGACGAGGCCCAGAGCGUCCCGAACCCGCCCGUCAUCAAGCUCCCCAACUUGUGAGGAGACGCGCCCGAUCCUCAUGAAAGCGGAGUGUGCGCCUCGAAAAGGCAACAACCACAACUCUUUGGACGUGACUGUACAGUCGGUCCUCGCCUAUUGUGGGGCCCCAAGACAUGUGCAGGGUGCAGUGGCUUGCAUGUUCGAUACAUGCAAGUCCAUCGGCGAUCCUGAUAUUGUUCCGUUCUAUGUGCGAUGUGCGGGACGUUAAAGUUUGUUGAAGUUUUCGAUAACUGUGGACAUGGCACCUGGGAGGGUGGCAGCCGUGGAGUUAUAUAAUCGAGCGUAGUGUCGGUGAACUACUGUUGUGAACCAGAAGAAUAUGUUAAGCUGCGAAUCAUUCUGUAAGUGCAUCAUGUGAUUACGACUGCUACUAUGUAUAUACGAAAAUUAAUGGCUAAUAGCAAGUACGAUAUAUUUUUUGUUACAAUGACUCAAUGUAUUGUGCGUGAUGUAAAAGAAAGAUAACUUUAUGUAGGUGAAUUAUCUGUGAAUAUAAAACUUUAAAAAUGAA